ACGCAGGCGGCUGGACAGGCUUCAAGGUGGUUGCUCCAUCCAUCCCUGCGCAGUCAGCAGGGCCGGAGAGCAGAGAGGCAGUGCUGCCCGCCACCAUGAGCGCAGGAAAAGCGGGCAUCACCCUCCUGCUCCCUUUGGCUCUGCUGCUGGCCUCUGCCUCUCAGCCCCCUGGGGGGGACACCCCAAAGGACCAGGGGGACAUAGACCCCUCGCGCUGCCCCAGCCCUUGCGCCUGCAGCUUGGACGACUACAGCGAGGAGCUCAACAUCUUCUGCAGCGCCCGCAACCUGACGCGCCUGCCCGAGGAUGUGCCCCCCAAUGCUAAAGCCCUUUGGCUGGAUGGCAAUAACUUCACCCUGCUGCCGGCCGCUGCCUUCAGGAAUGUCUCAGCUCUGGACUUUCUGGACCUGCAGAGCAGCCAGCUGACUACUGUGGAGCAGCACGCCUUCCACGGGCUGCGGAGCCUCUACCAUCUCCACCUUGAACGCAACCGUCUCAAGCACUUGGCUCCCCACACCUUCCUGCACACCCAGAACCUUGUCUCCCUCAGCCUCAAUAACAACUACUUCAGUAAGGUGGAGGAAGGGUUGUUCGCUGGGCUUUCCAACCUCUGGUAUCUGAACCUGGGCUGGAAUUCACUUGUGGUCCUGCCCGACAAGGUCUUCCAUGACUUGCCCAACCUCAGAGAGUUGAUCUUGGCUGGCAACAAACUUGCCUACCUCCAGCACCAGCUCUUCUGCAGCCUUACUGAGCUGAAGGAGCUGGACCUAAGUGGGAAUGCACUCAAAGGCAUCAAGAUCAACAUCUUUGUCAAGCUGCAGAAGCUACAGAAGCUGUACCUGAACCACAACCAGAUCAAUGCCAUUGCGCCCCGUGCCUUCAUGGGCAUGAAGUCCCUCCGGUGGUUGGAUCUCUCCCACAACCGGCUCAUCUCACUGUUUGAGGAUACAUUUCUGGGCCUCCUGAGCCUGCAUGUCCUACGCUUAUCCACCAACUCCAUCACCAGCCUGAGGCCCAGGACUUUCAAAGACCUCCAGUUCCUGGAGGAGCUGCAGCUGGGGCACAACAGGAUCCGGAGCCUGGUGGAAAGGACCUUCGAUGGUCUGGGUCAGCUGGAGGUCCUCAGUCUCAACAACAACCAGUUACAAGACAUUAGGGCUGGGGCAUUCCUGGGGCUGUACAAUGUGGCGGUGAUGCACUUGUCUGCAAACUGCAUCAAGGUUCUCCCUGACUAUGUCUUCAAGGGGGUCACCAAGUUGCAUAGCCUCCACCUGGAGCACAGCUGCCUUGGCAGGAUCCGGGUGAACACUUUCUCCGGCCUGUCCAGCCUGCGGCGACUAUUCUUGCAGCACAACGCCAUCUCUGUCAUUGAAGACCAAAGCUUCAGUGACCUGCACGAGCUCCUAGAGCUUGACCUCAAGCACAACAGGCUGAGCCACCUCUCGUCCCAGCUCUUUGUGGGUCUGAGCAACCUGGAGUACCUCUUCCUCUCCUCCAACCAGCUCCUGGAGAUCUCCCAGGAUACCUUCAGCCCACUCCAGAGACUCUUCUGGCUCGACCUCUCUCAUAACCAGCUGGAAACGCUGGACAACACCAUCAUCUCGCCCCUGGCCAACCUGCGGUACCUCAGCCUGAGGAACAACUCGCUGGAGACCUUCUCGGUGGGCUUCCUCUGUGCCUCUUUCGCCCUGGAGCAGCUGUGGCUGGGGGGCAACAACUGGCACUGCAACUGCUCCCUGAAGGGCCUGCGGGACUUCUCCCUGCAGCACCCUGUGGUGGUCCCACGUUUUGUGCAGUCUGUGGCUGAGGGGGAUGAUGCCCAUGUCCCCAUCUACACCUACAACAACCUCACCUGCCUUCACCCCCCAGCUGUGGCAGGCCUGGACCUCCGUGACACCACCGAGGACAGCUUUGCUCACUGUUGACGUGCGCUGGCCCUUCCCAAGGGACAUGCCACUUCCUGGCCAUAGCCCCUCACCUGCCACCUCCCUGGCCCUGUCCCCAGCUCGCCAGGGCAGCAGCAGGAGCUCCAGCUCCAUGGCCACCCCAGGUCAGCCCAGUGUUAUCACCACCUCCGGCUGCCCAUCUUGGUGCUGCCACAGCAAGGAGAGCUGUGCCUGGGCAACACUAGGGAGGCAACAGCUCCCCAGGCUUCAAACGGAAACAUUUCAGUCCUUUAUCAUUUAAAUAGCAGCCCCUGGGUCAGUGCAGCCGCUCCGGGCUCCUGUCAGGAGCACAAGCAUCUCUGAGCCUCUGGGAUGGGGGAAAGCUGCACCCUUAGCCUGGAGCCCUCCCCAUGGUGAGGGACAUCCCUGCUGGGGCCAGGACUCAUCAGUGGGACAAAGCAAAGCACCUUCCUGCCACAGAGCAGCUGGGAAAUCCUAAAAGGUCCCCCUGAGCUCCUCAGUAGGUCUAGGGAAGGGAGCAGAUGACUUGCUUUACUCAUUCCUUGCACUGGCAGGAGUAGGCAGGACACAGAAAGCUGCACACGUCACUUACCUGAUAAAUCGUAGCAGACAAAUAAACCUUUGGAGCUAUCGCAA